AAAUCUACUAUCACUAAAACCUGGCAAGAGAGUAGAGAUGACUGUCUUCAAAAGGGUGCAGACCUGGGGAUUAUCAACAGCAAAGAAGAACACGAUUUUAUGAGAAAAUUCCAGAAGAUCAUGUGGAUUGGCCUGACUGACUCAGAGACAGAGGGGACGUGGAAAUGGGUGGACGGGACUCCACUGAAUGAAAGCUACUGGGAUUCCAGGGAGCCUAACGGUGGGAAGGUUGAAAACUGUGUGGAAAUAAAGAAAUUUGAUUCAGAAAACAGCUGGAAUGAUGAAAUCUGUUCCGGUUCAAGGAACUGGAUCUGUGAAAUGGAAGUCCAUCCAUAACUCUUCAUCCAAACCCACCAG